ACAAAAUUGUUAAGUAAUUUAACAUCACAUUACGCGAUGAAUUAAUAAUUUCAUAAUACCUGUACAUAUAUAAUUAAUGUUUAAUGUGCAAAAAAGAAGACUUAGAAAAAGAAAGUACCCAAGGUCAGUUCAAUGUACUUAUCUAUAAUCAAUAAUUAAUUAUUAAUUCAUAAAUAAAUUAAUUUUUAUUAAAUCACCAUCCUAACAUUUUUUUUUUUUUUUUUAGCAUCCAAGAACGCUGAAGAAUUCUCCCAGACUCGGAAAAUUUUUCUGUAUCAUUUUACCAAAUUGCCGAAUAAAAAAAAACUAGAUAAACUUUCACUGCUCUUACUCUUGCUCUCCUGGACAGCGAGCUGAUAUAAUGAGAAAUAAGGCGUGAAAGUUUUUAAAAUAAAAUGUGGGCACUUACCAGUAAGUUCUCAAGUUGAUAAUAAGUUGUUCAGUAACCAGUAAGCAGCCAAGUAAGUAAGACAAUUUUCAAACCUUUCACGUUUUAUUAUUUUAUUUUAUUAAAUAAAGACAAUCAGGCCAGUGGGUGACUUGCCAGGAAAUUUAUUAAAAAAAAAUAAAAUAAAAAAUCCAACAAUUAUUUAGAUUAUUGUCAUUUAUAAUAAUAAAACAAAUUCCAGGGUGAACGGUACCGGGUAGAACGUCAUCGUCGAAGCAGUAGCUAAGUAUGCCAACCGAAUGGCGGGGGAAGCAUACGCACCGAUACCCGCACCAACAAUUGACAGCAAACACUAUUUAGUAAUCCAAGUUAUUCUGCAGUGAACGUUUGCUCUCCACUUAGACUCAUCUUUUAUUUUUUUUUUAUUAUUUAUAUUUUAGAUAAAAUAUUUUACCUGCCAUGGCGAAGAUCAAUUGGAUUCUCCUGUGUGUAUAUUUGCUUCCGAGCCAGCUCGAGGCCGGGAUCACCGAGGAGCUGGUGAGACUCGCUAAGGGACCUAUUCAAGAAGCUUUUGAGAGCGGCGCGGCUAAUGAUUUGAAGAAUGAAGAUUGUAUCUGGAGGCGCGGGUAUGAUACUGAUGACUGUCCUGAUCCGGAUGUGCAUAUCUAUUUGUACACUCCGGGAAAACCGAGGAGAGAACUUGUCCAUGGGUCUUCGGAUUGGCUCAGAUUUGAUUACGAUCCUACGAAGGAGAAUAUUGUUCUGAUUCAUGGGUAUGCCGGAGGAGAUGACACCCUUCCAAUCUCAGUUUUAAGAGACGCAUAUAUGAAAAACGGAAGCUACAACGUCUUCCUAGUAGACUGGGGCAAGCUAUCAGCAGCUCCAUGCUACCCAUCAUCAGUAGCAAACCUCCGCCCAGUAGCCCGGUGUCUAGCCUUAUCAUUAACCAACCUGCGGCACCUGGGGAUGCCCAUCGCCCGUACAACCUGCGUGGGCCACUCACUGGGCGCUCACCUUUGCGGCAUAAUGGCAAACUACCUGCUCUUCAGGAUGCACCGGAUCGUAGGCCUGGACCCGGCUCGUCCCCUGGUGCGUCCUGGCCUGGGCAACCGGCUGGACAGCGGCGACGCUGACUUCGUCGAGGUGAUCCACACCAACGCCGGGUACUACGGCGAGAUCGGGCGGGUCGGACACGUUGACGUCUGCGUCAACGGAGGCAAGGUCCAGCCGUUCUGCGAAGACAAGCAGAACCACCAAUUGUGCAGCCAUGUCUGGGUAGUUUGUUACAUGGCUCAGAGCAUCGACGGAGACAGGCCUCUGGUCGCCGAGCCUUGCUCCAGGAGGUGUCCAUCGGGUCCGAGAAUCACCGUGAGACAGGGACAGGAUCUUCUUGUUGGGCAGCACACUCCUUCUGGGUCCAAAGGGUCUUUUUGCUUGACCAGCUAUGAUCCUCCUUACUGUCCAAAGUAUUCUAAGGACGGGCGCGGUGAUGCUCGCUGUUGCAUGUGAAAGCCUGAACAAUUCAAUAAUUAUCUAUCAUUAAUAAUUAUAUAUAUAUUUCUCGUAUGUCUAUGGUACGUCUACAUUCCUAUGUAAUAAAUAGAUAAGUACUGUGUUGUCAGUAAGAUCACGCCUCCAGCCGGAAGUCUUUUUGGUAUUCAAACUCUGUUAUUGUCAAUGUAUUUUAAUAAGCUUGGCUAAAAAAAAAAAAAUAAUGAUAAUAAAUGUAAACAUAUUUUUAAUGCAAUAACGGAAUCAUACCGUUAGCUGUGCUACAACUCGAUGCAAUUUUUUAUUUCUCUGAUUUUGGGAUUUAUUUUUUUUUAAUUUAACUUUCUAUAUGAUCUACUUGUACGUUUUAUGCUGAGAGAAAUUUUUGUUUGAAUUGAGUAAAGAGAAAACUCAUCUUUAGUAA